CUUUUGAUGAGUCGUCGUGAGAUGAGACUCUGGCCCAGAGGAUGUGGUACCUAUGCGUCGCGAUCCUCGGCAUCUGUUGUUGCAAGGCCCUCUCUUGAUACCGCCAUCGCCAAUUCUCGCCCUUUCCGAGGCAUAUCUGACUGGAAUACGGGAAUCAAACAUGAGCAUGUUCUCGUAUUCGACCAGAUGGAGUGCAGCAAGGUUCAUUUGAUUAGCUAAGAGCAGCUAAAGCACAGCUCAAACUUCGCUACCAUAUUUUUCGCCAGAGUAGCGCGCCAUGUUGCCCCAUAUCCAGAGAGAUCGAUCGGACCUUCAUCGGUAUAUGCGAAACGCACAUGCAAUUGGCCAUCCUGAGUGGAAUGACACUUGCUCUGCGGAAACAGCUCUGCGGCGACCGAAGCCGAGGUCAACCAGAUCUCGUCGCGGCUAUCAAGAUGGCAUUGUGGCACCUAGGCCUCCGACUGUCAGGUCGGCCAUCCGGAGAACAAAGUCCAUUGCAUCGGUCAAGGCGAAGACAGUGCAGACUAGACUUGGGAAGACAGAACUGUGGACGACAUGCUCCGCGACUGUCCAGGCGUAUGAAGGCUCGUUCGGUCAACACCGCAGUCACUGGCGUAAAAACCGCGCGUGAGAGCAGAUAUAUCUUGCCCAGAAUGAGGCCCUUUAUGUAGUUGUAUUAUGCUACCAGCCCUGGCUCUUGGUUGAUACGUCGUAGCGCAACGCCGCAUGACCUUUGCUCCUGUGAGUUUC